CAAUUGCGCGGUCAUGUGACUACACCUCAACCAAUGACACCCGCCUCCUACACUUCUCCAAAAUCAGCAAACUCGACCACUAAGCGACCGUCUGCAUUUACUUCGUGAAAAGACGUCUAUAUAAUCACACCUAAGCGGUUGCCAAUAUGAUUGGCUGGUGGCCACGCCUCUGCCCAGUGAUGUCACUGGCACUGCUGUGGGCGUGUUCAGUGGGGGCGGGUUCAGACUGCAAAUCUGUGGCCAUUGAGACUGACAGCCGCAUAGCAGAACAAACACAGCAGCGUCACCUACAGGCUCUGUUCGACAAGUAUGGCCAGAACGGCAGCAUCUCCCUAGAAGGCCUCUUCAACCUACUUAAAGGGGUCGGGCUUGACCGCAUCCGGAAAGUGAUGGUGCAUCAUCCUGGAAAUGCCCAUAAUCACACACACACGCAUGAUCACACACACACUCAUGUGGACAAACUCACGGCGCACACACAUCCGGUCACCACCAAGAAGGGAGACAUGGAUCACAGCGUGGAGAAGAGUGACCCUGUCCCAAAAGCACAGCCAGAUCCUGCCUCUGGGAAGAAAAGCCAGUCAGAUGCGCAUCACAACCUGUACAUGAAGAUGAACCAGGAAUCCACCACAGCUUUGACUACGCCGUCAUAUGUUACCAGAUCACGGCGGACCAAUCGCAGCGCCGAUUAUGAUUUUACACAGGACCACGCCUCCUUUAGCCCCAGUCAGCCCAAUGUGACACACUCAAACCACACCCAUCAUGAUGAGGACACGCCCACACACCAGCAUGAUGACCAUGAUGAGCACGAACAUGGCCGUGCUAGUUUAGGGUGUCAAAAUGCCUCCACGAUCCUGCAGACGCAUGGCAUGAGAAAGGAAGCAAGUCUCUCAGUUAAGGACUUCAGUUUCCUCUGCCCUGCUCUUCUCAUGCAGAUUGAUUCCAAGUCUUGCAUCGUGCAUGAAGACGAGGACGAGCAUUCAGAUCAUUCCCAUCAUCACAAACACCACCACCAUCAUCAUGAUCACCAACACCUGCAGCAUCCACAUAACCACACCAAUGGAAGAGGCCAGAGGAACACUCCAGUCUACAUCGCAUGGCUUGGAGGGUUUCUCUCCAUCACUCUGAUCAGUUUGCUGGCGUUGGUUGGUGUGGUUUUGAUCCCACUCAUGAACAGAGUUUGCUUCAACUUCCUGCUGAGCUUCCUGGUGGCCCUUGCAGUGGGCACUCUGAGCGGAGACGCUCUCCUCCACCUCAUACCACAUUCUCAGGGUCAUCACCAUCACGGCCACUCUGAAGAGCACGCUGAAGAGGAGGACUCCCUUCGCCCUGUGUGGACCGGACUCACAGCUCUAAGUGGAGUUUACAUCAUGUUCCUCAUCGAACACUUCCUGACCCUUGGCAAAAUGUACAAAGACAAAAACCAGAAGGUGCAGAAGAGGGUUGAUCUCACCACAGAAGUUUUGGAGUCUGAGAAACUGCCAUCAUUAGAAGAAAAUGAUGUCAAAAUUGAAGCUGCUGAAACGAAUGGUGGGCGUGCACUGGCAGAGGAGGAGGAGGUGAUGUUGGGGGCGGAGCUCUACAACGACAUGGACUGCGAGAACAAAUGCCACUCCCACUUCCAUGACACGGUUGGCCAAUCGGAUGAGCAGCAUCAUCAUCAUCACGACUACCACCACAUACUGCAUCAUCACCACUCCCAGAACCACCACCCGCACACACACACGCACAGACACACACACUCCUACUCGCAGCAGCACUUUGAGCAGGCUGGUGUGGCCACACUCGCCUGGAUGGUCAUCAUGGGAGACGGACUGCACAACUUCAGUGAUGGACUUGCCAUAGGGGCGGCUUUCACAGAAGGUUUGUCCAGUGGUCUUAGUACCUCAGUCGCUGUGUUCUGCCAUGAGCUUCCUCAUGAACUCGGUGAUUUUGCCGUCCUACUGAAAGCCGGUAUGUCAGUUCGACAGGCCAUGCUGUAUAAUCUGCUGUCAGCACUGAUGGGAUAUCUGGGCAUGAUCAUCGGGAUUCUCAUCGGACAUUAUGCUGAAAAUGUUGCCACAUGGAUCUUUGCUCUCACAGCUGGGUUGUUCAUGUACGUCGCGCUCGUGGACAUGGUACCUGAGAUGCUGCACAAUGACGCGAGCGAAGCAGGUUUCAGUCACUACGGCUUCUUCCUCCUGCAGAACGCUGGGAUACUCCUAGGCUUCGGCAUCAUGCUUAUCAUUGCUGUCUUUGAGGACAGGAUCCAACUGGACUUAGGUUACUGACCAAAAACCUUUCCUUCACACCUAAAGACAUUAACAGAAAACAUCCAUUAUCAUUGCUCUUUAACCCCUAAAUCACACUUACCUGAAAUCUAGCUGUUAAAUGUCUCAAAUCUGGUUUUGUCUGUAAAAAAAAAAGGAGAAGAAAAAGUUCACAGUAUUUUAAUAUGCACGAAUUGUCUUCUUAUUUGUGGCUUGCAGGAGAGAGCAAUAUUUAUUGUGUUGACUGUUAUGAUGCCAGUAUAAAAGAGGAAGGAGAAUGUGGAGAUGAUUUUUAUUUGUUUGUUACACAGUGUUGUACAGUAGCUGAAGAGACAUUCAUUUUGCACAUGUUGUCCCUCCAACAUUCCAGUAAAAUAUUGAAGAAUUGAGUGUC